AUGGCUCAUACUGGCGGAGGGAUCGAGGAGACCGGCGGCCGCCGCAUUACAGGCGUAUCCGCCACCUGGAGUUCCGAUAAUGCGGCCACGCAGGAAGGCGGCGCGGCCGCCGCCGGAGCUGAUGGACGAGAUCGUGGAGGAGAUCCUCCUCCGCAUCCCGCCCGCCGACCCUCGUGCGCGCCGCCGCCUCGUGCAAGCGAUGGUUGCGCCUCGUCUCCGGGCCCGUCUUCCGCCGCCGGUGGUUCCGCGGGAUCCACCGCGCGCCGCUCAUGCUGGGCGCCGUCCGCAGCAUCCCCCACACCAGCGACCGCACCAGCGUCGGCUUCGUCCCCGCCUUCCCCUUCCUCCAGCCCCGCGCCGGCCGCCGCGGCUGGCGCGCGCUCGACUCCCGCCACGGCCGCGUGCUCUCGCGCGAGCCGAAGUUCCUCGGAGACAAAAAAAGUCCUCGCCGUCUGGAACCCCGUCACCGACGAGCAGCGGGAGCUGGCCGCCCUUCCGGGCUUCAGCGAAAUUUUCGCAGCGGUGCUCUGUGACGCCUCCGCCGCCGCCUGCGUCGGCGUCGUCGGCAACCUCGGCUGCAGCUCCGGGCCCUUCCUCGUCGCCGUCAUAGGUUCCCUCCGUAAGGACCCAUACAUUUGCGUCUACUCAUCGGAAUCUGAUGCUUGGAGUAAGCCGGCCUCUGCUCCGUACCCUGGUUACAUUAAUAGGGAAGUGCGCGGCAUCUACGUGCAGAACGCAGUCUACUUUGCGAUCCGGAGCACCACAAGAAUCCUCAAGUACGACCUGGGCACAAGGGGAGUGUCUGUGAUGGAUCCGCCACCAAUGUCGAGCGAUCUCAUCGCGCUGAUGACUGCAGAGGGCGGUGGUCUUGGAUGCGCGACAGAGAACGGGUGCAGACUCCAGAUGUGGUCUAGGGAGGUUGGUUCGAAUGGACUGAUGGGAUGGUCGCGAAGGAAUGCAUUCAGGCUCAGGACGCUGAAACCCGCUGGUUGUGACAUUUUGAAACUGCAUGUGGUUGGCUUUGAGGACGGCCGCGGCGUCAUCUAUGUGGGGACGGAUGAUCAGCGGUCCUUCGCUACUGAUUUGAAGUCCGGCGGAUACCUGAUGAGAGAAGUAGAAGGGGUCGGUGGCAGUGGUGACAUUCUUCCAUACAUGACCUGCUAUGAUCCAGUACCGAGGUGAGGGUCCAAGCUCUGCUGUUUCAAGUGCAUAAAAAAAACUCAAGCUGCUAGUGAAGGUCUUCUGAUAAAUCAAGAAGGAAUUGUCUGGUUAACAUCAGAUGGAAGAAUCUGGCUUUGUGGCAUACCCUUCUGUUGGUCUUCAGCCGGUAGCCUAGAAGUUGAUGUAAAGCUUUCUUGAGUUAGCAGUAAGAUGGUAAACGCAGCAGUACCCUACCCCAUGUGCCCUCCCAAAUUUCAGCUCACAAUGACUUCUAGUGUUCACUUGAGCUUCACUUGGCUUGAAAAAUUAUCAAGCGGUCAAGACUUCUAGUGUUCCAUUUCCAAGUGCUGCAUAUAUGCUUACAUAUAUGAAUCAUUGUCUGUUCUGUCACUAUUUCAUCUCCAUAAUCCAUUCGCGUUUGUGCAUUGAA